AUGACAAAAGCAAAAAUGCUUGAUAAUGUUAUUUAUCAACAACGUAUACGCUACUUUGAUGAACCAUUUGCAUAUAUUUGCAUAAAUAAUCAAGUGAAUAAUUAUUGCUCAUAUUGCCUGAGAAAACCUGAUAAAAGUAUACUUUACAAAUGUUCAAAAUGUGAAUUCGCAAAAUAUUGCAAUAAGGAAUGUCAACGUUUAGCAUGGAAGAAGCAUCAUCGGAUGGAAUGUCAACGUUUGGUAAUGGUUUAUCCAAAUUUACCACUUACCGAAGUGCUCUUUCUUAGUCGAAUAAUCGAUAAAGUAUUGUUUAUUGAACAAAAUGGUGAUAAAUAUAAAUGGGAAAAAGAUCGAAAAUGGAAUAGUUUAAUUGGACAUGAAGAUGAUAUUCGAAAUGAUGAGUUAAAAUAUGUUCAUUUUGAAAAAAUUUACGAGAAAAUGGCAAUAUUUCGAAAGGAUGAAAUGAUUGAAAAAGAAAAAUUUUAUGAAAUUUUUUGUAAAACAACAAUUAAUUCACAUGCAAUACAUACAAAUGCUGGUGAUGAAAUUGGUUUAGCACUUGAUUUAGAAACAAACGCUUCUGAUAUUCAUAAAGCAUUUAUAAGUUAUAUUGACAUUGGUUGUUCACGAUAUCAGCGACAAAAAGUGCUGAAAUUAAAAUGGUAUUUUGAUUGUCAAUGUGAUCGUUGUAUGGAUCCUUCGGAUGAUAUUUUAACAUCAAUACGUUGUAUGAAUGAACAAUGUGAUGAAGCAUUGAUCAUUACGGAAGAUUCUGAACCGGUAAAUAUUAUAUGCCGGAAAUGUAAACAAAUUACGGAUGAAGAUCAUGUAAAAAAAUGUCAACAAUUGAUGCUAAACCUUCCGGUACGAUUUAGCAUCGAAAGUAAAGCCGAAAAUAUUCAAGAAAAACUUAACGAAGCGAUGAAAUAUUUGCAUUCCAAGAAUGUUUAUGUGACACGAUUAAAAGCAGCACUUCUUUAUGUCACCGGAACACUUGACGAUAAUUUAUUAUUUAUUCAAAAAAGUGUCUAUGAAAACUAUAGAUUAUGUUUUCCACGAUCUGAUAGACAUCUUGCAUAUCAAUUAUUACAAAUUGCUAAAUCACAUAUCGAAAAAGGUGAAAGAAAAGAAGCUAUAUCAUACGCAUAUGAGGCAAUGUGUAUAUUUGAAGUAUGUUUUGGCCUCAAUCAUCCCUAUUAUCUUCAAACUCUUGCCCUUUGGACAUUUUUGGAUAAGAAUAUUCCAAAAACGGAUAACAAUUAA